AUGCCCCAGUGGCUCGGCGGGCCUACGCCCCGGACGACGCUGCGUCUGGUUCUCUUCGUGCUGGCGUCUGCUGUCUACUGGCUCUUUCUUGUCGCGGCGGCGAUCGUCCUCGGGCUUCGCGUGGCGUACAACCAUGUGACGCACCUCACGCUCCGCUGCCACGACCACGCGCUGUCGGCCCGCGCGCUGGCCCAGGCCGCGCUCGCCACGCUAUAUAGUCUUGACACGGCUGUACUUGGUAUCUACGAUCCGUCGGUGCUAAACGGCCUCGUGUGUCCUUCCUCGCCCGACGACAUUGUCGAGAUGACGCCGUUCGCAGCGUACAUUGUGCUCUGGAAAGGCGCCGUGGGCCUUCUCUGCUUCCAGCUGCCGCUUCUGCUCUGGUUCAUCGCCAUCAAGUGUGCCAAGCGCUUCUUUGACCGCGACUACUACGCGUACGAGUUCUACCCCGAGUGCUCGUUGGAGACGCGGCCGUUCGUCCUCCUCCAUGCGUGCGCGUACGUUGGCUUUGGCCUCGUCCUUGGCCACAUGCUCUCGAGCCUUCUCCUGCAAAGCGCCUUGCACUGGAACCGCGUCAUCUAUCCUACGCCGUCGUACACACCCUUUGACGAGAAGGCGACGCUGCUGUCCUCGACAAUGUCGUCUUCCGUCGACAGCAAGCGUCCUCCGCCCUACGAAAUGCCAGCAAGAACGCGCAGCGAGAACGAUGCUAGCCGCCUCGAUGGCUACUUGGAGCUCUGGCAAGCCGUGCUCGAGAGCAUCCGUGUUUCAGAAGGAGGCCACGCCGCGCUUCUCGCGUGUCUAGAGGACACGACGCGGCUCGCAUGUAGCACCCUCCGUGCGACACCAGAGCAGUGGGCAACCUUUCGCAUGCUGGUCCAGCGACAAGUGCGCCUGCAACCGACGCCGACGCCGGUGGCCCGCGAAGAAGUGCUCGAUGAUGACGACUCGGUCGUCGACACCUCACCAGUCGCAUUGGAGAAGCCGGCACCUGUGUUGUUCACCCGCGCCACGCACACCGAGACCGACCGCGACUACGAUGUCUUCUACACCGACGCCAAGAGCUCGAUAAUCACGAGCAUCUACCGGGACAUGCCGGAUCCAACGGCAUGGGUCUCGCCCACUGCGUACAGCGCGACGCGAGAACUGACAUACGACGAGCCCGAGCGCAGAGAUCGCGCCGCGGCGUCUCGCGCCCUCGUCUCCCGUGGCGUUCACCAAGCACUGGUACCCACAUCACGGACCGACCGCGUGCACUUUACAGCGUAUGCGCCGCCGUGCGUGUCGCCAGCAUCGAGCUUCUCGCAUGCAAUCUGGGCCUUCCUCGUGCACCAGCGCGACGAGGUGCGCGAGGCAGCCAUGGCGGACGGCGUCGCGAAGCAGCUCUCGCGGGACCUCCUGCUGCAUGUGCGGCGCGGCGCGUUGGUGACCAUCUCGCUGCGACUGCCGGACGGGUUCCGACACGCGGGCGAGGCGUCGCAGCUGCUGGCGUGGCGAGGCGACGUGACGCACGUGGCGUUCGAGGUCGAGUGCUGUGAUUUCUGUGCCGAGGGCCAAGUGCUUUUGGAAGCCACGAUCGUCGUGGGCACGUCGGUGCUGGUGCUGCGCUCGUACCUCUUUGUGUCUGCUCUGCGUCGUCUAGAUACGGCGACGCAAGUGCAAGAGCUCGUGAGCGAGCUCGAAGUCGUUCCCGAGACCUUUCACGAGAUUGCGUACGGCGACCUGACGCUCAAGGAGGCGGUCGGUCACGGCCACUUUGGCGACGCCCAUCGCGCCACGUACCUCGGCCAAGACGUGGUCGUCAAGACGCUUCGGCCGAGUGAGUUUGGCGACAACGCCGACCAGAUUGUGGCUGCGUUCCGGCACGAAGCUGCGGUGCUCUCGCUGUUUGGGCACCACCCCAACAUUGUGCCAUUCGUGGGCGCGUGCACGGACCUCUCGCAGCCGCUGAGUCUCGUGACCGAGUACCUUCCGUUCGGAAGCCUCGAAGACCAGUUUGGCGCGCGCCGAUCUCGGCUCUCGACGGAGCAAAAGACGCGCAUCUUAUGUGACGCGGCGUCGGGCUUUCUCAACAUGCACGAAGGCGGCUUUAUCCACCGCGACAUUGCGGCCCGCAACUGCUUGGUCGACGACCAGCUGCGGGCACGGGUGUGCGACUUUGGCUUGUGUCGACGCGUGCACUCGUACGGCGGCGGCCACUUUGCGGAAGGCGCGAUGCCGCUCAAGUACCUCGCGCCCGAGUCGCUCACGCCACCCCACUCGUUCUCGUACCGGUCCGACUCGUACUCGUUUGGCGUCCUCAUCUGGGAGACGUUCACCGAGUCCAGGCCGUUUCCGACAAUGACGAGUGCCGAGGCCGCGGCACAUGUGCUCGAGGGCCACCGUUUAGAGCUUGGCGAGACGAUUCCGACGCCGUACCAGUCGCUCAUUGCGCGCUGCCUGCAAGACGAUCCGGCCAAGCGACCGUCCAUGGCCACCAUCGUGCAAGAGCUCACCCACGCGAUGGCUCGGAAAUGAUUCUUCGUCACAUGUAAAUUAUUCAACGUCGUUGCGAAAUUCGGGAAA